AUGCCCUUAAAUGUGUGCAAAUUCGGGCACGAUAGCAACUAUUUCGUCACAGGAGGCAACGAGUGUUGCGUGCGAGUGUGGAGACUUAGCGAUAAAAUAGUAAAGAGAGUUAAGGAGUUCCAGCAGGUUAAGCAGAUAAAGAAUAAGUCAGGAAACCAAAAAAAGGGAUACAGGAGGAAGUUGAGCAACAAGUCAGUGAACGGAGGAAGCACCUCAGGGCCCUCGGAGGACGAGGAGGACAGCAGCAGCAGCAUCGAGGAGAUGCUGGUGGACAAGAAGAAGAUACUGCACAACGACGUGCUGCUGACGAGAGACGAAAGCAGCACGGACGGGCAGUCGAGCAUCGACGACACGUCGCCGUCGCCAACCUCAAUCGCCUCGCCCAUCAUAUCGCCCACGGACAACAGCGCACUCAAGUUCACGGGAAACAUAAUCGGCCAGGAAAAGGAGCAUGGAGCGCCGCCGGGAGAGAGCGACCCCCCGCUGGUGAACGGGAAGAAGCAGGCGAGGCGAAACAAGAGGAAGGAGGACCGCCUGUGCAAGAAGGUACUCGAGUACCGAGACCACGCGAAGCCCAUCAACGACUGCUGCAUCUUCGACGAGCUCCUGGUCUCGCUGAGCAACGACUGCAUGAUCUUCUACAAGCUGCUGCCAGUUUCAAAGCUGCUCCUGAAACACAAGGACGACACUUCGCACUUCAAGUUUGUCAAAAUAUUGGCGAAGCCCCCGAGACCGUACUCACGCCAAGUCUCAAACAGCCAAGUAUACACAUUACUAACCCUCGAGUUCUCGAACUCGGCGACCCUGAGUUUUAACAUGGUGUCAAAAAAACUAACACAACUAAAGUCUGUUCAUAUAUCGAGGCAAAAGUCGUCGUCCCUUACAGUAGAUGAUACUGAAAGUCAGUUCGCUGUUGGCUUUGGCGAUGGAAGCGUAUCCGUGUACUCAGUAGAAAAUUUUAAGGUGUUGAAGAGCCUUAGGAAUCAUAAGCUGCCAGUUACAGAUUUGGCGUUUGUAAGUAAGGAGAAACUACUGAGUGCCGGUAUCGAUUAUUACGUUUACAUUAAUGAAAUAAAGAAGUUUAACUUGAAGUACUACUGGCUUCUACUCACAAUAUUCCUGAUAAUCGUAUCCAUAGUGGCAGGACGUUACAGUAAUAUCAUUUAA